AUCACUAAGGGCAUAUAACGUGUUGGAGCAUUUCCACAGAAUCUGCAAAACAGAACUAACAAAGAGUUCAGCCCUCUCACCUCACCCAGAGAAUUAGAUCCCAGAAACUGAUAGUUCCAGCCUUUCAGUUUCAGUUGGAACAUUGAAGUCACUGAUCUGACAUGGGUGUUGAGAAUAGUGAUGAGAAAAAACAUGAUGAGGCAACCUCAUCAGAGAAUCGUGCAGAAACCAGCACCACCACAAACGGGGAAAAGGAAGAAAAUAGCAAACAAAAAGAAAAACCUGAGACAGUUCCAUUUCACAAGCUAUUCUCCUUUGCAGACUCCACUGAUGUUCUGUUAAUGGUCGUUGGAACCGUUGGUGCCAUUGGAAACGGUAUGGGCUUGCCUCUCAUGACAUUACUUUUCGGUCAAAUGAUUAAUAGCUUUGGAAGUAACCAGCAAAACCCCGACGUAGUGAAAGAAGUAUCCAAGGUCUCCCUGAAAUUUGUGUACUUAGCAGUAGGAUCUGGGGUGGCAGCAUUCCUUCAGGUGGCUUGUUGGAUGGUAACGGGGGAAAGACAGGCUGCACGAAUAAGGGGAUUGUAUUUGAAAACAAUAUUAAGACAAGAUGUUGCUUUCUUUGAUAAGGAAACAAACACAGGUGAAGUUGUAGGGAGAAUGUCAGGUGACACGGUUCUCAUACAAGACGCCAUGGGUGAGAAGGUUGGGAAAUUUCUGCAGCUGAUAGCAACAUUCAUUGGGGGCUUUGCCAUAGCAUUUGUCAAAGGGUGGCUUCUUACAAUUGUCAUGUUGUCCACUCUCCCACUUCUUGUUUUGUCAGGUGCUUUUAUGGCCGUCGUCAUUGGCAAGAUGGCUUCUCGAGGUCAAACUGCUUAUGCAAAAGCUGCACAUGUAGUUGAACAGACAAUUGGCUCAAUAAGAACCGUUCAAUCCUUUACUGGGGAAAAGCAAGCAAUAUCUAGUUAUAGCAAAUUUCUUGUAGAUGCUUACAAAUCAGGAGUUCAUGAAGGUUUCAUAUCUGGAAUUGGCCUUGGCACAGUUAUGUUUGUUAUUUUCUGUGGUUAUGCAUUGGCUGUAUGGUUUGGCGCAAAGAUGAUAAUGGAAGAAAAAGGAUAUAAUGGGGGCACGGUGAUUAAUGUGAUUAUUGCUGUGUUAACUGCUUCUAUGUCUCUUGGCCAGGCAUCCCCUAGCAUGAGUGCAUUUGCUGCGGGUCAGGCUGCAGCUUACAAAAUGUUUGAGACAAUUGAGAGGAAGCCAGAGAUAGAUGCUUAUGAUCCAAGUGGAAAAGUAUUAGAGGAUAUUCAAGGUGAAAUAGAGUUAAGGGAUGUUUAUUUCAGUUAUCCAGCCAGACCUGAGGAGUUGAUAUUCAAUGGAUUCUCUCUUCAUAUAUCUAGCGGUACAACUGCAGCAUUAGUUGGACAAAGUGGAAGUGGAAAGUCUACGGUUAUUAGUUUGGUGGAAAGAUUCUAUGAUCCACAGGCAGGUGAAGUUCUUAUUGAUGGCAUUAACCUGAAAGAGUUUCAGCUAAAGUGGAUUAGAGGAAAAAUUGGCCUUGUCAGCCAGGAACCGGUGUUGUUUGCAUCUAGCAUUAAGGAUAACAUUGCAUAUGGAAAGGAGGGAGCCACAAUUGAAGAGAUAAGAUCUGCAUCUGAACUUGCAAAUGCUGCUAAAUUCAUUGAUAAACUGCCACAGGGAUUGGACACAAUGGUUGGUGAGCAUGGAACUCAGCUUUCUGGUGGACAGAAGCAGCGCAUUGCCAUUGCAAGAGCAAUCCUGAAAGAUCCAAGAAUUCUACUCCUGGAUGAAGCUACAAGUGCACUUGAUGCAGAGUCUGAAAGGGUAGUGCAAGAGGCUCUAGACAGAAUCAUGGUGAACAGAACUACUGUUGUUGUGGCACAUCGCUUGAGCACAGUGAGGAAUGCUGAUAUGAUUGCUGUAAUUCAUAGAGGGAAGAUGGUUGAGAAAGGAACACACUCAGAAUUACUCAAGGAUCCUGAGGGAGCUUACUUUCAACUUAUACGCUUACAAGAAGUAAACAAGGAAUCAGAAGAAAGUGCAGAUCAUCAUAACAAGAGUGAACUUUCCGUAGAAUCCUUUAGACAAUCGAGUCAAAGGAGGUCACUUCAAAGAUCUAUUAGUCGGGGUUCAUCUGCAGGGAAUAGUAGCCGCCACUCAUUUUCAGUUUCGUUUGGUUUACCCACAGGAGUUAACGUCGUUGAUCCUGAACAUGAAAACUUACAACCCAAAGAAGAAGCACCAGAGGUUCCACUCAGCCGCCUUGCUUCCCUCAACAAGCCAGAGAUUCCAAUUCUUGUGAUUGGAACUCUAGCUGCCAUAGGAAAUGGUGUUAUACUUCCAAUAUUUGGGUUGUUGAUUUCCAGUGUCAUCAAAACAUUUUAUGAACCAUUUGAUGAGAUGAAAAAGGACUCCAAGUUUUGGGCAUUAAUGUUUAUGAUCCUUGGUCUUGCAUCAUUACUGGUGAUUCCAGCCCGAUCAUACUUUUUUUCUGUGGCUGGAUGUAAGUUGAUAGAACGUAUCAGGAUACUAUGUUUUGAGAAAGUGGUCAACAUGGAGAUUGGUUGGUUUGAUGAGCCUGAGAACUCAAGUGGUGCAGUUGGUGCAAGGCUCUCAGCAGAUGCUGCAUCCGUGCGUGCCCUUGUUGGUGAUGCGUUGGGACUACUAGUUCAAAAUUUAGCAUCUGCAUUGGCAGGUUUGAUUAUUGCUUUUGUUGCAAGCUGGGAACUGGCGUUAAUUAUUCUUGUAUUGCUUCCCCUGAUUGGAGUAAAUGGAUAUGUUCAAAUGAAAUUCAUGAAGGGAUUCAGCGCAGAUGCAAAGAUGAUGUACGAGGAAGCAAGCCAAGUUGCUAAUGAUGCAGUUGGAAGCAUAAGAACGGUGUCUUCUUUCUGUGCUGAAGAUAAGGUUAUGGAACUAUACAGGAAGAAAUGUGAAGGCCCUAUGAAAACAGGGAUACGACAAGGGUUGAUUAGUGGAUCAGGGUUUGGGGUUUCAUUUUUCUUACUGUUUAGUGUCUAUGCAACCAGUUUCUAUGCCGGAGCUAGACUCGUGCAGGCUGGGAAGGCUACAUUCUCUGAUGUUUUCCGGGUUUUCUUUGCUUUAACUAUGGCAGCUAUUGGGGUUUCCCAAUCAAGCUCCUUUUCUCCUGACUCUAGCAAAGCCAAGUCAGCUACUGCUUCCAUAUUUGGAAUAAUUGAUAAGAAGUCAAAGAUAAAUCCGAGUGAUGAGUCUGGAACCACACUAGACAGCGUUAAGGGAGAAAUUGAACUUCGUCAUGUGAGCUUCAAGUAUCCAUCUAGGCCUGAUGUACAGAUUUUCCGAGACCUAAACUUGGCUAUCCAUUCUGGCAAGACUGUGGCACUUGUUGGUGAAAGUGGAAGUGGGAAAUCCACAGUGAUUGCCUUGUUGCAAAGAUUUUAUAAUCCUGAUUCAGGUGAAAUCACACUUGAUGGGAUUGAAAUUCGGCAGUUACAGCUCAAGUGGUUAAGGCAGCAAAUGGGCCUUGUAAGCCAAGAGCCAGUAUUGUUCAAUGACACUAUCCGUGCCAAUAUUGCUUAUGGAAAGGGAGGUGAUGCAACUGAAGCUGAAAUCAUAGCUGCAGCAGAACUGGCCAAUGCCCAUAAGUUCAUUAGUGGCUUACAACAGGGUUAUGAUACUAUAGUGGGAGAGAGGGGAACUCAAUUAUCUGGUGGGCAGAAGCAACGGGUAGCCAUUGCACGUGCUAUAAUUAAAAGUCCAAAGAUAUUGUUACUAGAUGAGGCCACAAGUGCAUUAGACGCAGAGUCAGAGAGAGUUGUUCAAGAUGCAUUAGACAGGGUCAUGGUGAAUAGGACCACUGUGGUUGUGGCACAUCGUCUAUCUACAAUAAAAAAUGCAGAUGUGAUUGCUGUUGUGAAAAAUGGAGUUAUAGUGGAGAAAGGAAGGCAUGAAACGCUCAUUAACAUCAAGGAUGGAUUUUAUGCUUCCUUAAUCCAACUUCACACAACUGCUUCAACUGUAUGAGUUUUGCCACCACCUUUGUUUUUUUUUUUUGUACUCUAUUCUCCCUUUUGUUUUCUUUCUUCGUCUUUUACUAAAUUUUGAGGAGUUCAAUAGAAGAUUAAUACCUAAUCUUUAUUUCCCUUCUCAUGUAAGAAAGUUGAUUCUUCUUGUCAUCAAUGUAAUUCUCAAUGGGUCACUAAAAAUAUGUAAAAAAACGAUGUAAUUGCCUACAUGCCUUCUUGAAA